AUGCCUUUUCAGAAACAUCUCCUACGAACUACAGGGGAAGUGGCUCUAAGAACUGCCUUUCUGUUACAGAAUGGGGUUGGGACACUAGCCAAUGUCACCCUCUUCUUCUAUAAUGUCUCCCCAGUCCUGCGUGGCCACAAACAGAGACCCACACACAUGGUUCUCACUCACAUAGCCUCAGCCAAUCUCUUAAUUGUUCUCUCCUCUGGGAUUCCCCACAUGAUGGCUGCUUUUCUUUUGAGCAACCCUCUGUCCAGUCUUGGGUGUAAAGUUGUAUAUUAUACACAGAGAGUGGCUCGCAGCUCCACACUAUGCUCCACCUGUGUCCUGAGCACCUACCAGUUCUUCACACUCAUCCCUGGGAGAGUGGAGCGGAUGACGCUCAGAAGAGCCCCCAAGGUCCCUGGCCCUUCCUGUUGUGUCUGCUGGGUGUUUGCUGCCUUAACAAAUAUCUAUACUCCCAUGAAUGUCACUGGUGCACAGAUCACGGGAAAUGUUACUGACACACAGGGCAGGUGGUUCUGCUCAUCCUCAAGUCCCAGGACAGGCGUUGGCAUCUUGUGGUCGUGUCUAGAUGCCGUGUUUAUUGGCCUCAUGGUCUCGGCCAGCAGCUCCAUGGUGUGUCUCCUACGCAGACAUCACAAGACAGUGCAGCAUAUUCACACCCCCAAUGGCCCCCGCAACUGCCCCCCAGAGACCAGAGCUGCCAACACCAUCCUGAUGCUGGUGGUCACCUUCGUCAUCUUCUACACGAUGAAUUUCAUUUUUAUUGUUUACAUCACUUUGUUUCUAGAUCUUCAGCUGUGGUUGAUACAGACAUGUAAUAUUUUGGCUUUAUGUUUCCCCACUGUCAGCCCCUUCCUGCUGAUCCUUAGGGAUCCUAGAACUCCCAGGUUUUGCUCUUAA